AUGGGACAGGAGACGCACCGAUGUGGUUUUGGCGGGGACUUCAACCGCCACGACCUCCUCUGGGGCGGAGAUGAAGUGUCAGCGAGCAGACAAGGGGAGGGCGAACCCAUCAUUGACCUGAUGGACGACUUUGGUCUUAGCAGCCUUCUCGCGAGAGGGACGAAAACGUGGCAGAGGUCGGACGAGGAGAGCACCAUCGACUUGGUGUUGGCAUCGGCGGAACUGGCGGACGAGUUGACAUCCUGCGUGAUUCAUCCAACAGAGCACGGAUCAGACCAUAGAGCGAUCCAGACGACAUUCGACAUUCGAGUGCCGGAGCGUACCUUUCCGCAGCGCCAGAUGCUCAAGAACGCGCCGUGGAUCGCCAUCGCAACCAGGGUCGAGGACGAGCUUCGGCCUCUUCCGUGGACUGUGGGGGUGCAGACGCAGGCGGAUCAGCUCAUGCGGGUGGUCACCAAGGCGCUUCGAGAUCUGACCCCUCAAGCCCAGCCGCCGCCAUACGCGAAGCGAUGGUGGACAAAGGACCUGACGCAACUCCGUCGGACGUACACGUAUUGGCGCAAUCAAGCAAGGGCGCAGCGAAGAGCCGGUCAAUCGCGGCCGGAUCUGGAGCAGCGCGCCAAGGAGGCUGCGAAGGAGUACCACGACAAUUUGCGGAAACAAAAGAAGGCCCAUUGGGAUGACUUCGUCAUCGAAGGGAGCAACAUCUGGAGGGCUGCCAACAAGGGCGAGCAAGCCGAGGAACUCCUGAGCACCUUCUUUCCGCCUCUGCCAACGAGGAUUGAGCCGGAGGGUGAACGUCCGCAGAGACAAGAAAUAGCCAUGCCAGACCUCACCUUGCAAGAGAUUGAGGAGAAGGUGAUGGCGGCGAAGCCCUGGAAAGCGCCUGGUGAGGAUGGCCUUCCUGCGAUCGUGUGGAAGAAGCUCUGGCACGUGGUCAAGCACCGGGAGCGGAUCUACAAGGCCUGGAGAACGGGCAGAGUGCUCAGCCUCAUCAGCUUUGACGUCAAAGGCGCAUACAACGGAGUGUGCAAAGAGCGAAUGCUCGAAAGGAUGAAAGCCCGAGGCAUCCCGAGUCGUCUGGUCAAGUGGAUAGACGCAUUCUGCUCGGGACGGACCGCGUCGGCGGUUGUCAACGGGCACACAUCCGAGCAACAAACCCUGCCGCAGGCCGGCCUACCCCAGGGAUCCCCUCUGUCGCCAGUGGCUUUUCUUUUCUUCAACGCAGACCUGGUGCAAAGACGGAUCAGUAACAAUGGCGGCUCCAUCGCCUUCGUGGACGAUUACUCUGCCUGGGUCACGGGGCCAACGGCAGAGUCAAACAGAGAUGAGAAGACAUCCGUCAUCCACUUCACACGCAUCGCGGAGCGCGACAGCGACCUGCCUCUCAUCAUCAAAGGAAACGAUGUCAAGCCGAAGAGCAACGUGAAGCUGUUGGGAGUCAUCAUGGACAAGGCGCUUCGCUUCAAAGAGCACAUCGCCAGAGCAGCCGCCAAGGGGCUGGCCGCGGCCAUGUGCUUGAAACGACUGAAGAUGGCCUCGCCACGGAUGGCGAGGCAACUGGCCCAGCGAAUCGGAGCCCAGGCUGUCACGGGAGGCUUUCGCACAGUGGCAACGGUAGUGGCCGAGGCCGAGGCCGGCGUGCAAUCGUUCCGAGAACGGCAUACUCAAGCGGCAGCGAAAUUCUGGAUAAGGAUGCGGACGCUCCCGAAGACGCAUCCUCUGACAUCGUUGAGGCUCAAGCUGAACAGGAGGUAUGCGUCGCCAAUGCAGAAGCUCGCCUCGGCGAUGGGAAGACUAGAUACCAAACGCCUGGAAGUCAUCCACGAGUUCGCACUGGCGCCGUGGGACGAACGAGUGCAGGCAACGUAUGAGGCAGACCGAGCGGAGGUGCUGAAGUCGGAUGACCCGGAGGACAUCACUAUCGCGACGUCCAGCUCGCAAAGGAAAGGCAAGGUCGGGUUGGGAGGCGUCGUUCGGGAUGCUUCCCGUGACAGCGCAGACGAGGUGCUGGCCAGCUACUCCGUCACCCUUGGCUCCAGUGAUGAGCAGAAUGCCUACACAGCAGGACUCGAGGCAAUCGCCAUGGCCCUGAGCAACCGCUCCGUCCUGCAAGUCAUCGGGCGACCGCGGCAGCAGUCUGGCGAAAAGAGCGACGCGAGAUGA